AUGAUUGAUACAGAUAAACUGGAUCCAAUAUUAAAACAAAUUCCAUUAAUCAAAAAUCCUACAUUUCAACCACCAAGACCAAUUACUUUAAGUAAUAAUUAUAAUAAAUUAAUUCCAACAUUAUCAACAACAGUAAUCCCACCAAAAUUAAAUAUAUCUGAUACAGAAAUUGAUAGUUGGUUAAAUGAAAUACGAUCACUUCGUCAACAAAUUAUAAAUAAACAAAUUAAUAGUAAUAGUCAUAGUCAUAGUAAUCAUAAUAAUGGACAAAGUGAUAAAUAUGAAAAAUGGAUUCGAGAACAAAGUAAUAAGAUUGCUCCUGGAUUUAAUUAUACAGUUAUGCAACCACAGAAACCAAUAAGAAUUCAAGAUAGGAAAUUAAUUUCUAAAGAAGAAGUAGAGGCAGAAGAGGCAGCAGAGGAAGUGGAAAGUGAUAAUGAUAAUGAUAAUGAAUUUGGUUAUGAUGAAAUGAAUGAAUUAGAUAGAAUAUUUGGCAAAACGAAAUUAAAUUGA